AGAAACCUCUUCUGGGAGCCCGAGGGAGAAAGCUAUGCACCAGGCAGAGGCCGGAAAGCCCUUAAUUAAAUUCAGCCACUGUGAGAAAUCCAUCUACAGCUUCAGCGCGCCCCAGCGCUGCCCCCUCUGCCGGCAGGACAUGGGCUCGCGGAGGCUGGAGGAAGCACCUGUAAGCAUCGCUAAUCCGUUUACCAAUGGGCAUCAAGAAAAAUACUGCUUCCUCCUCAGACCAACUCAGGGGACAUUUCUAAGGGACUAUGACGGGAGGUCUGAUCUUCAUGUUGGAAUAACUAACACAAAUGGAGCUGUGUAUAAUUACAACAUGCAUGGUGUCCAGCGUGACAACUCAGGGUGGGAGCAGAGCAUAAGUAUCCCAUUACUGCAGCCCAACAUGUACGGACUGAUGGACCAGUGGGACAAGUACCUGGAAGACUUUUCCACCUCGGGGUCCUGGCUGCCCCACAGGUACAAAGAAGACAGUCACAACUGCUACAGUUACGCCCUCACCUUCAUUAACUGCGUCCUGACCACAGAAGGCAAAGAGCAACUGGACAAGAGUGAAUUCACAGAGAGAUACGUGGUCCCGAGGACAAGGCUGGCUUCCAAGUACAUCACAGUCCACCGGGCCAUAGAGGAGCAGGGCUUCUACGUGACUGACCUUCCCCACCAAGAGACACAGCCUCCUUCAGGCAGUGGUUUGUGCUGACCGCUGUGAGCGCAGAGGGACUGGGCGUUUGAAGCUGCUACCUUUCAUAGGUCCUGCAGAGUUCCCAGUGCCCUGGACUGUGGUCAAUAAAGUGGGCGGCUUCCCUUUCCAUGUAUUUCAGCUUCCUAUAGCGUAAGAAUUUAUAAAAUUUAUAAUAAAGAUUG